AUGCCGAGCCCGGCCAGGCGGCCGGACGAAAAAGGCCCUUAUCAGGGCCACAGUGUACCAGUGCACAGUGUACCAUCAUCGCAGGGGGGGGGACCUACCAUCGCUGCUCCCCUCCCCGCGCGCGCCCGUGCGCAGCGCCCGCGAUCAGCGAUCUCCCCCCCGCGGGGGAGAGAGCGCUCCCGCUCGCGCGCCGCGCAUCGCACCAUAGAGACGCCGGGCGUCUCCCGCGCCGAACCAGCCGCGCCGAUCCGCGGCCACGCGAGUGCCACCACCUCUCGCGCCGGUUUGGGCGACGCCGAUGCCCAGCGCGCCCCGCAGGCCGCGCCCGCCGCGAACCGCACGAUAGCCGUCCCCCACCCUCUCGCCGCCGAAACCGCCGCACACAGUGCCGCCGCCGCCCACACCGACACCGACGCCGUACCCAUGUGCAGGGUACAACAAAGGACAACAGCAAGACCCGGAAGCGCUGCCGAUGUCCCGAUGUCUCCAGCAUCACCACCGGACACCGACACCACCACCACCGCUCCGAGAAAGGGUGCAGGCGAUUUGCCCGCCACUGGGCGGCUUCUACCUCCGUCCGGAGCCGCAGGCCCCUCCGUAAUUUCGGGCGGGGGUCCGCGCGUCGGUUUGUCACCGAGAUCAACAUUAGAGUGCGACUCGUUGAUCUUGGGACAAGUGCUGGCGACGGACCUUUUGUCCCAGGGGAUGAAGGAGAGGAUUGCGGCUCUGGUCGGGGACGAGGCGGCCCGGUUGGAGGGCCAGCCGACGCCACCCGUGGAAGAGAUGGAGCUGGCACGAGACAUGGGCAGAUCGUUCAUGAUCUCGUCCACUAGACCGGUCAGGCGACCCCGAAGCCCAGAGACCGAGGAGGAGGGGUACAAGCGCCCCUGUCAAGAGCCCUCCCCACCGCUACAGCCCACCCCCCUCGCACAGAGGGACCCAAGACUGAGACCGAGGGACACGCAGUUUGCCGGUCCAAGAGAAAACGCUGUGCCAGCUCCCUCUUAUGCAGAGGCAGCCAGAGCGCCUACUCCACCGCCUGGGACAUCGGCAGGGACGCCCAGGAAUCCAGGAGCGCUGUCGCAAGCUACCGCAGCGCCCCCUCCCCCGCGAGGCGAAGAAACAGAGAGUCCCGCCGCUCAUAGUGGAACAUCUGCCGGAUUGGGGGUGCGCUUUACGCCCAAGUCGGAGGAAGAGUACCGCGUAAUACAGCGGUACCUCUCCGACUUAGAAAAAGAAGAACACAUCAGCUGGUUCUCCUACCAGCUGCCGGCGGAAAAGAGUGUGAAGGUGGCCAUCCGCGGAAUACCAGCGGACACACCCGUCGAGGAAAUAACUGAAGCCCUGGCGGAGCUUGGACAUUGUCCAGAAUAUGUCCGCCAGAUAAAAGCCCGCCAGGGCCGCCCGGGAACUGUUAUGCAUGCCGGGGAUAAGAAUCGAAGCCUGGAGAGGAAAAAAGGCCCGGCACAGUGCCAUAGGUGCCAAAGCUUCCGGCACUCCUCGCACGGGUGCCACAGAAAACUUGCCUGCGUCCGCUGCGGCGAAGAGCACACGGCGCGCGACUGUCCGCGCCCCCGAGAAGAGCCUCCGACGUGUGCCAACUGUGGGGACAAGCACACGGCAAACAGCGUCUCCUGCCCGGUCUUCAAGAGGGAGAUAAGAAACCGAAAGGCAGGAGCCACCGCCAGAACUCGCUCCAGAUCAACGCACAAAGACCGCACAGUCCCCACAGCCGCGGACAGGGGCAACCUAAUGGCCCCGGCCAAUCCGGCAACAGAGCGGUCGCGGAAACCGCCUCAGAAGAGGAGAAAGAGGGGGAGGAAAAACAGAGGCAACAGCGACAAAAAGAAAAAUGCUUCCGGGUCCGCGGAGCAGGCCCCCGCACGCAGCAUCUACACCACACGCCCGCCAGCGGUCGCCGCCCUCGAUGCUGACGCGACAACUGAUGCAGCAACUGCAGCCCCAACAAAAACCGCCGCUGCCGUACCUACAACACAGGCAGCACAGACACAAGUCGCCAGCAAGGGGAAGAUGGCGAAGCGUGCUAAAGAAACCAGCACCUCCACCACCACCACCACCACCACCACCAACACAAGCACGGCAGACAUGGUGAAAACUAUGCUCACCAUCCUGAUGGAGGUGCUACUUGCGGUGCAAGCCGGAUCGGACCCAGUACCGGCGAUCACCGCAGGAAUGGCGAGGCUGUCCAACACUAAAUGGGACUAA